UUUUUAUACCCAUGUCCCAUCUUAAUGUCACGCCUGAUUCCCGUUACUGCUGAGCCAUCAGGAGACAGACCGAGCAGAUUGGUUUGGGCCAAUAAUAGAGGAUUUCGUUUCUUUGCGUAUGUGGAGGUUACACUCAGGGUUUCUUACAGAUGUUCUAAGAUAACCUCGUCCUUCUAAACGUUUCGACGUUCUUCCCUAACGAUAGUAGCUGCGAUAACAGCUUAACAAGCAUGGUCAAAGUUAUUCAAGCAGGCAUCCUCUUCCUUUUGAUGUGUUGGGAAUGGUGCAUUAUUCAAGCCUGCAAACACAACGAGUACAAAGUCCAUUGCUAUCAUCAUGAGGGCAUCCCCGGAAACUUGUGCCCAGGAGUAGAGAGAUGGCCGUGCAGCGGAACUAGAAAAAGGUGUGCAUGUGUGCCGGGAACAUACCAGAGGUGGGACGCCUACUGCGUGCCGUACAGGGACUGCGUCUUCAGGACCCACAAGCCAGAUGAGUUGCUCAGUCUGAAAGAAGACCUCGUCAUGGUGGGCACAACGACUACAAUAUUCGACCAAAACACCCUCAGAUGCUUUGUGUCCUCGCUGGUGGAACCCGUUAAUUACAACUAUCACCGUUACGUGAAGUAUCAACAAUUCGUUAAUGGCAAGUGGGAGCACAAGAAGUUCGAUCUAAGGCUCUACACAGAAUACCAUGGAGAAAAACUCCUUGCCGAUGAAGAAAACGACGCACUGCCGUACGGAAUUGGUUGUUUCCCAGUUCUGCACGCCGACAAAGACUGCAUCAUUCUGUCAAGGCUACCACCAAAUGGAAGCACUGGCGCACCACACCUCUUAACUUGGAGGCCACACGCGGACAACUUGGCAGAGCCGCCCGAGGUUGCAGCACGGUGUUACGAUCGCCCUGCAGAGGUAACGACCUUCAAAAUUCUCCCAGCACGCCGCAGCUACGAUGACUUUGGAUACUGCCAUUGGUCGAAGGUUGAACGGCCGUUUUCCCUCACCUAG